AAUUAAUGUCUUCUUACAUUUCAAAUACAAAGCCUACAUUAUUUCAAGUGAUAUUGAAUAAACUAGGUAUAAUUGAGUUACCUUUAAAAGUAAAUUGUUGGUAUUGUUGUCAGGAUUCCUACAUUUUACCUGGUUCAAAGAAUACGAGUGAUCAUUGGUAUUGUUAUUUAUGUGAAAGCACAAAUGCAAGAGAUAAAAAUGGCGACAUUGCAGAUCCUAAGCACUUUGAGGCCUAUCCUGAAAAUUUAAAAAAACUCAAUCAACUAUUAAUAGAAAUAGUGAAAGAACAUUAUGCGAUAGGUGUCAACAUAAUCAAGUUAUAAUUUAUGAAUUAUUAAGUCAAUACAUUCCAGAUGAAAGUGAUCCUACUUAUAAAUAUCGAUAUGAUAAUGUGGAUCAAUAUAAAGCAGAUUUACAUAGACGAUAUAAAUUAUGUGAUGAUUGUCAAGCAAAAAUAAACCAAUUAGUAGAAGAACAGAAGGCAACACUUAGGAAAAUAAAAAUAAAUGAGACGUUGACAAAGAGUAUAACGACGAAAACACCAAAACAAAAAAAUAAACAGCUGUUUUAUUUUAUGGGCGCUUGUUGGAUUUUGAUACACAUCAUGACCUCAGUCUUUAUUAUUUAUG